CCGCCGCCCGCCCGCGGGGAGAGCAGCGCCGCGGGCCCCGCGCGCACCGGCCCCGCCGAGCCCGACCCCGGGCGGCCGCGGCUGCUAUGCGGCUUCGCGGCGCACGGCCUGCACCGGGUUUGCGCUGACGCCUGCUGGACACUGACCCAGCUGAGGAUUAGGGACACCGACUGUGAGCAGGGGACCCUGAGGCUGCCACCCCCAGAAAGUGCCAGGUCUGCGAGAGAAAGGGUGAUGUGCCGUGCUCCAGCUGCUGCCUGCUGAGCCUGAGGAGGAGUUUUGGAGCCUGCCUGGGACACUUUCCCUGACAACAGCAGCACCCCAACCCCACCGGGCAGCACCAAGCCUGCGACACACCGUAGCCCUUAAGCCAAGGAGACAUCGGACCAAGCCUGAGAGGGGUCAAGGGCCACAUCCUUCUUUCCUAACCCGGUGUCAAUUCCUGCCCUGACGGCACUGCCCUCACCCCCCGGCAGCCCCCUCCAGGGCUGCCUCCCCCCGGCGCUGCCCAGCUUUGGCCCCCAGCCCCGCUGGAGCGCGGCAGCCUGCCGGGCGCUGCCCCCCGGGCACUGCCCCCCGGGUGCAUCGCCCCCCGGCCCCCGGGGGACCCCCCGCCUGCCGGCAGAGCCAUGAAGCUGCAGGCGGUGAUGGAGAACCUGCAGCGGCAGCAGCGCGCGCGGCUGCAGCAGGCGCUGGAAGCGCGGCAGCAGGAGCAGCAGCAGCAGCAGCAGCCACCGCGCUGCACGUCCCCCCCGGCGCAGCCCUCGCAGCCCCCGGGGCAGCUCCCUGCCAGCACCCGGGGCCGUGGGCAGGAGGCAGCACCGGCGCCCUCGGAGGAGGGAGCGGAGCCUGAGAGCGCGCACAUCCAGCGGGCACAGAUGGCCGCCCUGGCUGCCAUGCGGGCGGCUGCUGCCGGCCUCAGCCACUCGCCCAGCCCGGGGCUGUCGGAUGAGAGCCAAGCCUCCGAGGAGGAGGAAGAGGAGGAGCGCGGCGAGGAGGAGGAAGAUGGUGGCGGGUACCAGCAGGAGAUGGGCUCCGAGGAGGAGGAGGAGCUAAAGGGCAAAUGGGAUGAAGAUGACUUUGAAGAGGACCUGGGUGAGGAGGAAGAGGAAGAAGAGGACGAGGAGGAAGAGGAAGACUAUGAGGAAGAAGAAGACAUGGGAGAGGAAGGGCUCAGCUCAGCAGAGGCGGUGCGGGCGGGUGCGGGAUCCCUGCUGCUCCGCAAGCCCCCGGCACCCCAGCACUACCGGGGGGAGCCCCCACGGCUGCCAGGGGGACAGGAGCGGCUGCCCCCCGGCCUGGGCCACACUCAGCCCCCGCCACCAGCACCUGACCACGGCGACUGGACCUACGAGGAGCAGUUCAAGCAGCUGUACGAGCUGGAUGGUGACCCCAGGAGGAAGGAGUUCCUGGAUGACCUCUUCAGCUUCAUGCAGAAGCGAGGGACCCCCGUGAACCGGAUCCCCAUCAUGGCCAAGCAGGUGCUGGACCUGUACAUGCUGUACACGCUGGUGACCGAGAAGGGGGGUCUGGUGGAGGUCAUCAACAAGAAGCUGUGGCGAGAGAUCACCAAGGGGCUGAGCCUGCCCACCUCCAUCACCAGCGCGGCCUUCACCCUGCGCACCCAGUACAUGAAGUACCUGUACCCCUACGAGUGUGAGAAGCGCGGGCUGAGCAACCCCAACGAGCUGCAGGCGGCCAUCGACAGCAACCGGCGGGAGGGCCGGCGGCAGGGCUUCGGCGGCUCCCUCUUUGCCUACUCGCCCGGCGGCACCCACGGCCUCCUCUCCUCGCCCAAGCUGCCGGUGCCAGCGCUGGGGCUGGCGUCUGCCACCAACGGCGGGGCCAUCACGCCCGGACAGAAGAUCAAGAAAGAGGAGGACUCUCCCAUCCCCAUCUCCAUGCCCAGCCGGCUCCCGGUGUCACUGGCCGGGCACCCCGUGGUGGCGGCGCAGGCGGCCGCGGUGCAGGUGGCAGCAGCCGCCCAGGCCGCGGCGCUGGAGCAGCUGCGGGAGAAGCUGGAGUCGGGGGAACCCCCGGAGAAGAAGCUGGCGCUGGUGACGGACGAGCAGCAGCGGCUGAUGCAGCGGGCGUUGCAGCAGAACCUCCUGGCCAUGACGGCCCAGCUGCCCAUGAGCAUCCGCAUCAACAGCCAGGGCACGCGCUCGCCAGAGAACCGCCCGGACGCCGCUGCCGCCAGCAGCAACGGCACCAACAGCAUCAGCAUGUCGGUGGAGAUCAACGGGAUCGUCUACACAGGUGUGCUGUUCGCUCAGACGCCCGGCCCUUCCUCCUCCUCUUCCUCCUCCUCCUCCUCUGCCUACAGCAAAGGCAACGGCGGCAGCAGCCGGAGCAGCGGCGGCAGCGGGGUGGGGAGCGGCGGUGGCAGUGUGCCCCCCGCCCCGGCCGGCCUGGCCGUGCCCCCCAGCUCUACCUCCAACAGCGCUUCGCCUUAACGCCCCUGAGCCUCGGGCCCCUCGCGGCACCGGCGCCCGUGGGGGGACGGGGUCGCACCGGGGCUCACCGGGGUCUUCUGGGGUCUCGCCGGGGUCUCGCCCGAGGUCUUGCCAGGGUCUCUCUGGGGUCUCAACAGGAUUUCACUGGGAUCUCAGCAGGGUUUCAUUGAGAUCUCGCCUGGGUCUCACUGGGGUUUCAUUGAGAUCUCACUAGGGUUUCAUUGAGAUCUCACCUGGAUCUCACCUGGGUCUCACUGGGGUCUCACCAAGGGUCUUGCCAGGGUCUCUCUGGGGUCUCACUGGGGUUUCAUUGAGAUCUCACCUGGGUCUCACUGGGUCUCACCAAGGGUCUCACCCGAGGUCUUCUCCAGGGUCUUCUCAGGCUCUCGAUGGACUCUGCCCUUGUUCUCGUGUUGUUGGAUUUUCCUUUUCCAGGCAGAAAAGCUUUAGCCCGGGGGGUUUUGCCGGAGCCGCCGGCUGUCCGGCUGCGCCGCUCCGGGACCGUUUACCUCACUCACAUCACACUUUGCACUGUACAUUUAUUAUUAUUAUUAUUAUAAUUAUUGUUAUUUUUUAACUCGUGUUACCUCCAGACAGACGCACGGACGCCUGCCGACGCGAGCUCUAGCGAAACCCCCCGGAAUUCUAAAGGAAAAAAAAAAAACAACCAAAAAUCCUAAAAAAAAAAAUUGGAAAUAGGGAGAUAUUUUAUUCAUUUCCAUCCUUUUCCCUCCUUUGUUUUGGGAACUCCACUCUCUGCAGGAUUUUAAGAGGUUGUUUUCGAUUGUUUUGUAAAUAGCUUCUAUUUUAUUCUCUAAAAAAAGGAAAAAAAAAAAAAGAAUCAAACUUUUAACAUGCAAAUGAUAUAUAUUAGUCUUCAUCAGGGAAAAUGGGAGCUUGGAAAAAAAUUGGAAUCUCCUUUCUCCUCUCCUUAUCGGUGGUUGGGUCCAGCUCUGCUCCUUCCCCCACCGGCAAAUCCUAAUUUUUAUUCCUCCCCCCUGCAUAAAACUACUGUUCAAAGCCACUUUGGGCUUAUUUCCUCCAAAACCAAGCAGGAUCCAGAGGAUGGGGAUGCUCGGAGCUGCAGGACGCUCCGGAGCUCACGGACAACCCGAAGGACCUGAGCAUUUAUUUUAAGCCUCACAAUCUCAGUUGGGUUAUUUUUUUUGGUUUUUUUUUUAUUUUU